AUGACCGACGCAGCCCCAACUGAGGUGGCUCCUCCGCGCAAGGUAGUCUACUGCGGAGUCUGCACAUUACCACCCGAGUACUGCGAAUUUGGCGGCACAACUAAAAAGUGCGAAGAAUGGCUCGCGAAAGCACAUCCAGACCUACACAAACAAAUCUACUCAGAAGAAGUAAUACAAGCAGGCCUCGCCGCCCUCUCAGUCGAAGCACAAAAACGAGCAGAAAAGGACGCCACCAAGAAAGCCGCCAAAGCAGAAGCAGCCGAACAGCGUGAAGCUGAGCGCAAAGCUGACGCGAUGGUAUACAUCAAGCGCGUCGAGAGGCAAAAGCGGAAGUAUGUGACGGUGGUUAUUGGACUGGAGCAGCAUGGAUUGGAUCUUAAGAAGAUGGCGAAGGAGUUUGGGAAGAAGUUUGCGACGGGGAGUAGUGUGACGAAGACGCCGAGUGGUGGGGAGGAGAUUACGGUGCAGGGCGAUGUUAGUGAUGAUAUGUUUGACUACUUGGAGGAGAAGUACGAGGGCGUGAUUCCGGAGGAUAACAUCGAGUGUAUAGAGGAGAAGAAGAAGAAGGCGGCGGGCUGA